UGAUAUUACCCAGUGCUGUGUCUGUGCUUAUAUUGCACAGUACUGUGAAUGUGCUGAUAUUGCACAGUGCUGUGUCUGUGCUGAUAUUACACAGCACUGUCUGUGUUGAUAUUAUAGUGUUUAGUCUGUGCUGAUUUACACAGUUCUGUGUCUGUGCUAAUAUUGCACAGUGCUGUGCCUGUGCUGAUUGUGUAUGUGUUGAUAUUGCACAGUGCUGUUGUCUGUGCUGAUAUUACACAGCACUGUCUGUGCUGAUAUUAUAGUGUUUAGUCUGUGCUGAUUUACACAGUGCUGUGUCUGUGCUGAUAUUACACAGCACUGUAUGUGCUUAAAUUAUAGUGUUUAGUCUGUGCUGAUUUACAGUGCUGUGUCUGUGCUGAUAUUACACAGCACUGCCUGUGCUGAUUUACACAGUGCUGUGUCUGUGCUGAUUUACACAGUGCUGCGUCUGUGCUGAUAUUAGACUGCUGGAAUAACAGUGCUGUGUCCACGCUAGUACUACAGAUGGUAGGGUCUGUCAGGUUAUCCAGGUGAUUCAGCAGCAAAGGCUGUAAAACUAUGCACACACACACACACACACACACACAUGCACACACACAUCAUAGGUCUCUAUCGGGCAUAUGGGGGCCAUGUGCGGCUGUUCAUCUGAUGAAAGGCAGACUCACUGCAGUUCAAAAUUCCAGAAUGUGACUUCCUCCUCAAACAAAGCGAAAUGCCAUAUCUAACAGUUUGGCUUAUUUCCUACACAUUCUUGCCUUGUCAUACAAUUGACUUUAUUAUGGAAAGAAGUGAUGAGAAGUAGGAUGCAAUAUUAGCACUACUGUGAAACUUCAGUUUUCACUAUGUUGAAUUGUUGGCUAUUUUAAUGAGCCAGCCAGUCAUAUGUGAAUACAUGUGCCUGCCCUUCAGUUCAGGGAGUAAAGAGCUGGGAUUAACUUUGAACUAAAUCAAACAUCAGCCCAUCAGAAAGCCAAAUGUGUGCUUGAUGAUCAUGCGUUGUCCUUGUUUCAGCCCUUUUCAAGUGUCGGAACAACGGAGCUGUUCCAUUAAAAAAUGUCUGAAUAACAGAUUGUUUCAGUGAAAGCACCUGAAUAACAAAGUAUGUUUCAUUCAAAAUGUCUGAAUAACAGCGAUUUUUUUCAGUGAAAGUACCUGAAUAACAAAGUGUGUUUCAUUGCAAGUAGCAGAAUCGCAAAUCGUGUUUUGUGUACAUUUUCCCCGAAGAACCCUACACUCUGGACCCAAACACAAGCCAUAGUGGAGAUUUUAAUUCCUUUUGCUCUAGUUAGCAUGCUGAUACAACAAAUGCGGAAGACCUUUGGUGUACUUCCUGAACUUUUAAUUCAUGCCCUGUUUCUCCUGCAGCUUUAAGCAUUUUGAAACAACAUCCUCCUCUUUUUAGCAGUCUGAGAACAGCAAUGAGAAGGCCAAGAUUUUGUUAGUGCCUCUGUGUUAAUGACAGAGCCAGUGUUAUUGACAGUAUUCAUCUUAGUGCUAGUGACAGCGUUGGUUUCAAUGUUAGUGGUGGUCUCAGUAAUCGAUGUGAACUGUUAAAGGCAUAUCCAGGUGCAUCGGGCAAAAAUAGAGAUCACUUUUGUUUCUUUCUGGAGGGGUAAGUGUUAAAGAAGAUGUCCUCAACCACGUUUAUUUCUCUCUUCCUCACUUGCUCCUCUACUCUUCCUCUCCCCCUCCCCCCUACCUCUAUGCCUCUUUUCUGCCCAUUUUCACUCCCUCUCUCUGUCUCUCUCUCUCUCUGUCUCUCUCUCUCCCUCUCUCUCGAUUUAUUCGAGUCAUUCUCGGAGUCUGCAGUGAAUUAGCACUGAGCCUCCCUCCGCCCCUCGGUAAAGCAGGGGCCCAGCCUGCCGAACAUCUGUGCCUGUGAAGGCUGCAGACAUCCUCCGACCGUGUGAGUGCUGUGGGCCAGUCUCUCUGGAGCUUGUGAGUGCUGUGGACGGUCUGUCCGACUGCGCUGGUUGCUGUGGACGGUCUCCCUGAGCCCGUGAACGCUGUGGACAGCGCUCGUCUCGGGCCGCGUCCGCGUGGUGAGGUGUGCGAGCGUCGGUCCGUCGGAUGACCCUGGUUCCUUGAGCCUUGUGGACUUCCUGUGCAGGCUCUGCGAUGCUUCAGGUCCUGUUCCUCAGCCUACACUUUGUUGUGGGCGGGGCUCAGACUCUGCCAGGCUCCUGCAGAUUUGAGAACGGCACCUGUGGCUACGUGUCAGACCCCUCCCUCUCAAAAUGGGCCCUGAACAAGGACGGGGGCUUUAUCGCAGUGGAUGGGCCGCUCACAGAGGGGAGAGAGAGGGCCGUUCUGGUGAGCCCGGAGCUGGAGAUGUCGGACUGGAGCUGUGUCAGGCUGGUCUAUCAGAUCACUGGGUCAGGAUCCCUGCAUUUCCACCUACGGCCAGAGGGGGGCACCUUUGACCAAACCCUGUGGACUGCUGACCAGCCCUCUGACAGCUGGCUGGUAGCCAGCAUCGACCUGUGGAACACAUCUGCCUCCCAUAAGAUGGUAGUGGAGGGCAGACUUGGGCGCGGAGCUAAUAACAGUGUGUCCAUCUUUGAAAUUCGCAUCGUUCCUGGAUACUGCAUAGAGUGUAACUUUGAAGACCCGCACAUGUGUGGCUACAGGAACCAGUGGAACCCCAGUGUGAACUGGUACAUAGGCAAGCCCAACAAGGAAACCCAGCCCAACCUGAGCACCUGGACAGGCCACUACAUGUACGUGGAUUCGACUUACGCCGGCAAACCACAGGAAGUGGCCCGGCUGGUGUCUCCCAUGACGACCGCACCGCUGUCCGGCUGCUUGUCCUUUUACUACCUGCAGAACCGGGACGGGGGGAGCGAGUUCUCUGUCUUCACCAGAGACGUGCUGGGACAGGGGGAGGAGAUCUGGAGGCCGGGAAAUUACCACACCGCCAACUGGACCUUAGUGCAGCUGGACCUCAAGGCCCCCUACCCUCUGGAGGUGGUGUUUGAAGCAGCCUUUAACAAUGCCAGCGGGGGUCGAGUGGCGCUUGAUAACAUUUCCUUCUCUGCAGAGUUCUGCAAUGCUGAAACAGAGCCGACCUUUGACCCCUCUGUUGCCAACUGUGACUUCGAGUCGGGGUUCUGUGGCUACCAGCAGGCUCAGACAGGCUGGUCUCUGUGGAAGAGAGUGUCAAUCAAACCCAAUCUUUACAGAACAGGGGACCACACCACCGGCGCUGGGUGGUUCCUGCUGGCGAACACGCGCUUCUCCUCGCGGUCCGGAUACAUGAGCCGGCUGGUCGGCCCGCGGGUCCCGGCCCGGCUGAAGUACUGCCUGAGGUUCUACUACGCCCUGGCGGGGUUCCGCAAGACCGACAGCGUUCUGGCCGUGUACGCCUUCCACAAGGACAGCCACACCCAGGAGAAGCUCUGGACCAGCAGCGGGACCACCAGAGAUGUCUGGACUGAGGUGGACGUCACCUUCCAGAGGCCUGAAGCCGUCACAGUGUUAUUCGUCAGUGUAUGUAAGAACUUCUGGGACUGUGGGUCAGUAGCCCUUGAUGACAUCAGCAUGACCCUGGGGGACUGCUAUCUCCCCUCAGGGUCCUUCCUGUCCAUCUCUGGCCAGUGUGACUUUGAGAGGGGAGACUGUGGGUACACUCAGGAGAAAGAGGUCGAUACGGUCGACUGGGUGCUGGCCAGAGGGCCGACGCCCACUUCCUUUACUGGACCGAUGGGGGAUCACACCACGGGGAUGGGGCACUACAUGUACCUCGAGGCAUCGCCCAUGCUGGCAGGGCAAAAUGCCCGCCUGGCCUCCGGAGAUCUUCGUGGCUCCAGGAGCCCGCAGUGCCUGCACUUCCACUACCACAUGUUUGGGUCGGGGAUAGGCAGACUGAACGUCUACCUGCGCCAGGAGGGCCACGACCAGGAGGAGGUGCUGUGGAGCCGGCACGGGGAGCAGAGCAUCUCCUGGUUGAGGGCCGAAGUGGACUACAAGUGCGAUCGCAAACACCAGAUUGUGUUUGAAGCUGUGCGGGGCGCCUCAAUAAGGAGCGACAUUGCCAUCGAUGACAUCAUGUUUACAAAGGGACCGUGCAAAGCUGCAGGACACACAGCUUCACAGGCUGGAUUCUCCGCGAACUUCAACGACAUCGAGCACUGAGUGUGACGCUGCUGUUAAAAUAUAUAAACAUACGCGAGAACUAGCCUACUCUUAUCCUCUUACCUCG